AUGGCGGAGGCUGCGGGCACAUCGCGCGGCCUCCGCGUCUACAAGAUCGUGGUGCUGGGUGACGGAGGAGUUGGCAAGUCCGCGGUCACCCUGCAGUUCGUUAGCCACAGCUUCUUGGACUACCACGAUCCCACUAUCGAGGAUUCAUACCAACAACAAGCAGUUAUUGACGGUGAGCCAGCUUUAUUGGACAUUUUGGACACUGCAGGACAGGUAGAGUUCACGGCUAUGCGGGAACAGUACAUGCGGUGUGGUGAAGGAUUUAUGCUGUGCUACUCGGUGACAGACAGACGUUCUUUUCGUGCGGCCGGAGAGUACCAGCGGCUCUUGGCCCACGCUAGACCCAACGAGUCGCUGCCGAUAGUACUGGUUGGGAAUAAGCUGGAUUUAGCGCCGCGGUUCAGACAAGUAACAACUGAUGAAGGUAAAGCCCUAGCGAGUCAGUUGGGAUGUCCAUUCUUCGAGACGUCAGCCGCUCUACGUCACUUCGUGGACGACGCCUUCCACGGACUCGUGAGGGAGAUAAGACGUAUAGAAAGACAGAGACAGCCUCCUCCCUGUGUGACGUCAUCGGGUGGUCGUCGUCGGUGGCGUCGCCUCCGCAGCAUCUUCGCCUUCGUGUUCCGUAGACGGCGCCGGCACCACUCCUCUCCAUGA